UCGGUUUCUUGUAUUUGUGUUCUUCGUGCUUCCUGGAACCUCGAAGCUUCCAUUCCGUGGAUCACCUCUCCGAGCCAAGAAUCAUGUAUUGCCUGCUCUGAUCGCAGUUUGUGCUUGUGUAAACACAACUGAAGGAACUGAAUGAGUAGCAUGUGGAAACUGGGAGUUUCUUGGAAUGCAUGACGACCAGAGAGCGUGCGAGUCAGCGUGCAAGUCAAAGAUCGGCUACUCAAACGAUGGCGGAAGUGGUGGAAGAGCAGCCGCAAGCCGACGUGGAGGAGGAAGAAGACUCUUUUGAAUCCAUAGAAAAACUUACUGCGCUUGGAGUUAAUGCUGGAGACAUAAAAAAACUCCAAGAUGCAGGCAUUUACACCUGCAAUGGGUUAAUCAUGCACACACGAAAGAGCCUCACCAGCAUCAAAGGCUUGUCAGAAAACAAGAUUGAAAAGAUCCUCGAAGCAGCAGAUAAACUCGUGAGCAUCGGAUUUGUAACGGGGAAUGAUAUUCUUAACAAACGUAAGACGGUGGUACACAUAACUACGGGCUGUCAGGCAUUGGAUGAGCUUCUAGGCGGUGGCAUCGAGACCAUGUGCAUCACAGAAGCUUUUGGAGAAUUCAGGACAGGAAAGACGCAGAUUGCACACACCCUCUGCGUAUCCACACAGCUUCCCAUUUGCAUGGGAGGAGGCAAUGGAAAAGUUGCUUACAUAGACACCGAAGGCACAUUUCGGCCGGAUCGAGUGAUCCCGAUCGCAGAACGUUUCGGAAUGGACCCCAACGCUGUACUCGACAACAUCGUAUAUGCUCGUGCAUUUACAUAUGAGCAUCAAUACAAUUUGCUUCUUGCUAUUGCCGCGAAGAUGUCUGAAGAGCCUUUCAAAAUUCUGAUUGUAGACUCGAUCAUUGCGCUCUUUAGGGUGGACUUUUCUGGCAGAGGGGAGCUUGCGGAACGCCAGCAAAAACUUGCCCAAAUGUUAUCAAGACUUAUCAAAAUCGCUGAAGAGUUUAACGUGGCCGUAUACGUGACCAAUCAAGUCAUCGCUGAUCCUGGAGGCGGAACAUUCAUGGCGGAUCCUAAGAAACCAGCAGGCGGACAUGUACUUGCUCAUGCUGCGACCGUAAGACUUUCACUCAGGAAAGGCAAAGGGGAGCAAAGAAUCUGCAAGGUCUUUGACGCUCCCAAUCUGCCAGAAUCCGAGGCUGUCUUCCAGAUCGCUGCUGGAGGCAUCAUAGAUUGCAAGGACUAGAAUUGGAGAUAUAUGCAGGGAGAAGUAAAACCUAUUCCGGGCAAAGUUAUUACCAUCACAAAGAAAUUUUCAUUCAACCAGGGGGAUGGUUUGAGAUUUCGUGGACUUCAAGUUGCAUAUAGCAGAGAGCUGAACUUGUUCGUUGGUUCAUGUUACCUGAAAACUGCAAUUUCACAGAAUUCAGUUUUUUGUUUCGAUUUAGUAGAUUUUGUACAGUUUUUAUCCUGUCUGUGAUCUACGUUUUUAUCCUGGCAUACCACUGUCGUGAGAGACUGCGAUAUUCCAGA